GACUCAAUAUUUUCUUUAAUACCAUCGCGCUUCCGCUUUCGAAAAAGGCUGUCACCGGAAGUAUUUCUGAACUCGGUAUUAAUGAUAGUUAUGACGUUAAUGCCGUUGUUGAAAAUGAUAUCGAUGCAGAUGGAGCAAAAACAGGAUUUAAGGCGGACGACCCUGCCAAAAGUAUUAUCGAAAAAUAA